AUAGCAACAAUCCGCCAUGUUUUUUACCAAUUCGACGACAAUCGAGGGUUCUUUACCGAAAAAUUCACGGCGCAUUCUGUACAUGAUCAGAAUCACAGCCUUUCGCUUUCGAUAAAAAAUGCAUGGUCUUUCUAGUGUUUGCUAAAGUGAUCUUCUAAGCUGUCAGCUAAAGCUCUGGCCGAUCGUAGCUGGAAUCUAAACGUCAUGGAUAAAGAGGACAUGUGUGAGGUGAUGAAAGUGACUGAAGAAGUGGAGACUUUCAGCAGCCAAACAGAUAAGAGUCCUCCAAAGAAGAGGAAAAGCAAACCUCAUCACCAAACAUGCAGCUUGGAGAAACCCAAGAAACCUAGGUCUGCUUACCUUCUCUACUACUUUGAUGUCCAUCAAGUAAUGCAACAAGAAGUACCCAAUUUGCCCCAGUCAGAAAUCAACAAGCGCAUCAGUGAGAGUUGGAGAAGGCUAAGUGUGGCAGAGAAAAGUUACUAUUUGGAGAAAGCUAAGUCGGAGAAGGAGGGCACAUAUUCACCCUCACCCAGUCCUUCAAAAGAGGUGCCAGGAUUCCGCAAGAUCCUCCCCAGAGCCAAUUACUUUGUAUUGUCCAAAGGCUGCGCACCUGGUUCUCAGCCAGGAGAUGCAGUGCCAGAUGUGAGCCGAGAGUGUUUGGAUGUGGAAGAGGUCCAGCCCUUGGUCACUGUGAAGGAGGAGUGUCCCUCUUUAGGUGAAGUAGAGCAGUAUCCACAGGAGGUGAGUGUCGAGGUGGUGCCAGAAGAACCAGCUCCUUCCAAAACACACGAGAUACUUCCUUGCACCUCCUUUACUAUUUUACCCAAAACUGAGUCAUCUCCCACUACUAUCAGUGGAGAAAGAGUGCAUGAAGAAACCCCACAAGUUGUUGCCCUAAUACCUACUCAGAAUCUGCUGGCUCAAAGUUCAUUAGGCAAUGUCACCUCUGUGGGGCCAGUAAUGAUGAUGUCCAGCAUAGAACAAACCCCCAAGCCCUCCUAUAACAUGCCAUUGAAAACAUACACUAGAAGAGGUCGUGGUACAUGUUCAAAUCCCAGCUGUUCAUUUGUCUAUGUUACUCGACACAAGCCCCCAAAAUGCCCUCAAUGUGGGCAGUUUCUGGGUGGCAAAUGGAUUUUCCAUGGUGAAAAGUUUGGAAAAUCCAACAAAAACGACAAUAAUGAUCAAAAUGGAAAUCAGGGCAAGAAGGCCAAAAUGAGAAGUUCUGUGACGAAACGACCUAUACCUGAUUUACCACUUCCGACUAUCAGAAUACCAACAGCCUCCAGUGUAAAUCAGACAACACUAGGGGGCAGCAGCAGCAAGCCAAAGGACCAGCCAAAGCGCACAAAUUUUUACACAGUAUCAAGAAAGAGAAAUGUAGUUGUUCAGAAGAAACCAGUGAGACCCAUUCUUCCUGCCUUCUGUAACAAAAACAAUGCUAUGCUCAAAAUUGUUACUCCUCCAAACAAAGAACAAAAUGCAAGUUCAAACUCGUCACCUUCAGUGAUUCAACAACCUCUGACAGGUCUCAAACCCAGCACUUUAAAACAGCUGGGACAUUUGCUACCAACAAGCACUGAUAAACCGACUGCCCCUGUGUCUGUAGAGGCCCCUUCUACUGUUGCUUCACUCGACCGAAAAAUUAAUCAUGUGUCCGUGGUGCCUUUAAAACAACGCGCUGCUACCAACUUUAAUUUAGGGCUGCCUACGUCACGUGGUAGAGGGUGGUGUAAAAACCCUGCAUGCGACUAUAUGUAUAAGAACAGGCACAAACCUUCAGUGUGUCCAAAAUGUGGCUUGCCAUUGGAUCAAAAGAAAGGCGUAAAGUCUGAUACCUUAUUGGACCCAUACAAGGCCCUGACUGCUGCCCAAAAAGAUACCCAGCGCCAGUCGACCCUCCUCCUUUUACAGCGGUCACUUCAGUUCGCUGAGAGUGAAGUUGAUCUGCAGGACACGCUCAGCCUGAUCCAGGAGCUCAACAAUCUGCAGAUCAUUUUAGUCCAACAAAGUGAUGCAGAGCCAGAGGAAAACGUGGAGACAGAGACACUGUUUGAGUCGGGCUGGCCAAAUUUCUUUGUGUCGGCGUCCACCCACUGCAGCCUGUGUAACUACCCUCUGUUUAAAGGGGGACAGAAUACUGUUGCAGGGCAGGUAGAAUGCUGGUUGCUCACUGAAACACUGAUGCAUAAGGUUACUCUUCAACUGAAAAUCUGUCUAAAUGCGCAGUGUUUGGCCCUGCAUAGUUUCACAGACAUCCACCCAGGCUUGUUCAACGUUGGGAACAGAUUGCUGGUUAGUAUGGACCUGUUUCUAAAAAUCAGAGCCAGCAUCAAAAAUGGCCAAGCUCCAGCUCAAGUCUUUGAGACCUUACUGAACCAUGUGCCCAAUCACCCAAUUCACACGUUGACUCCAGAGGAAAGUGGCCAGGUCCAGGAGUUGUUGCAGAGUGGAUACUGGGCCUUUGAGUGUCUGACUGUGCGAGAUUACAACGACAUGAUCUGUGGCAUUUGUGGCAUGGCUCCUAAGAUCGAAGUUGCACAAAGACAAAACAACUUACUAUCACUUAAGAAUGUAGAGUUCAUCUGGCCUGAGAACUCUGACUCUGAUGAGGUGCUGGUGGAUGACUUUUGGCUGACAAUGGAGAGUGAGGCUCUGGAACAGGCUGCUUUUCCCUCAGAGGCCACCAUCAUUCGAAUGGACGCUUCGAUCAUCGCACCCUUCUUCCCCCCUUUAAUGAGGAGUUCAACUGUUAUAAACACGGAGAAACACAAAGUCCACAUUGCCAAAGAGAACACACCCGGUGAACCCUCAGUUUUGGUGCGUCUCAUCCAUGAUGGACAUUUGAGACUGGAUAAACUUGAAGAACACAGCGACGAGGAGUUGAAAACAAUACUUCAGAAAUGUGGGGCUCGCAUCACCCAGGAAAUGACUAAGGCUGAGCUGGUGGCAUCGCUCUUCUCCCUGUACACACAAGUUCAUGAUGGUUUGUCUACAGCACCUGAGCCUAGUCCUCACUUCACAACAGGCAAACUGUCCAAGGUCUGCCCACACAAGGUGGUGUCUGGCUCUAAAUGCCUGAUCAGAAGAGAAUCAGCCCGAGACCACAUAGACCUGCUGCUGUCUUCUCACUAUUGGCCUCCAGUGUAUGUCAGUGACUGUCCCCAGCAGGUGGCGAUCUGUGCUGAUUUACAGUACCCAGAGCUGGCAACACAGAUGUGGGGCAGGAACCAAGGGUGCUUCUGUGACCCUUUUGAAAAGCCAGAGAUUGUGUCCUGCGCUGAACUACAAGAUGAGACACAUAGCACUGACUUGGAUGACAACCACCAUGUUCAUCCUAUAACCAGGUCAGUGUCCCGCUGGUUGGUGCACCCUCCAGAGGAAUCCCAAACUGAAGACCCCUUUCCUCUAAAACACCACUCUCUGCGCCUGUGCAAAGAGCUACAACCUUACAUGGGGCUUUUAAAUGAACUGAAUACAGACAAGGACAAACAAACAGAGGAUUCAGAAACGUUCUCUCAACAACCGCAGCCUGUAGUUUUUAAUAACACUGCGUAUUACUACCUCUACAAUCGCCUGGUGGAUUUCCUCACUAGCAGGGACAUUGUGAAUCAGCAGGUCAGUCAAGUUCUGCAGUCUUGUCAACCAGGAGAGGUGGUCAUUAGGGAUGCCCUGUACAGACUGGGAGUGGCAAAGAUUGAUACAGAGAAAGAAGAGGUUAUAGACCAGGGUCAAGGGUUAGAAGCUGUAAAAGUAGAGCCUAUUGAGCAAACCUGAUAAAACUUACUAAAUCUCAAAAUAACCCUAAAAAGUACAUGAUGCUCUGGGACAUGAGUGAGCCAGCUCCUCUUACUUUCCUUUCAAAAGCUGGUGCCCAACUCAGUGCUCUCACAUGCUUGUCUCUGGUUGGUGGUGCUAGAUAGUGUGUUCCGGAGGGAUGGUCUGCUGUGAUUGGUCAUUCAAAGUGAUUAUGAUACAUUGGUUACAGGUUAUUUACUAGACUUAGCCUGCCAUAAAAAAAAAAGUAAAACAGCCAAAAAUAAAAGAUUUUAAGCAUCACUUCCGUUCCUUCGGAGCCAACUGUCUUGUACUAACCUUUAUUAAAAAACUAAAUAGAUAGAUAAAUAGUUGUCUCUAUUUGUGAGUUUGUUUCCUGUUAUAAGUAAUAGUUUGAGGACUUUUUAACCAUUCAAAAGAUAUUUACUUUUAAACUGUUAAUCGCUAUGGCAACUGUCCAAAUUUUUCAUCAUACAUAAAGCCAUGGAUACAUAGUCACAACAACUGACAACUCUUUACCACACCCCAGGCCCACAGUUGCCGGAAUAGGCUGCAGAUUUCAGGAACCUCAAAUCUAAUAGUAAUGGGUAAAGGUGAUUAGUGAUUAUUGCUAAUGUAGACAUGGAAUAAAGUCUAACAUGAAAAUUACCAUUAAAAUUAAUACAAUAAUCACAAUUUUGAAUGGAUGUUUAAGGUUGUUUAAAUAAUAGUGGCAUGUAACAGUAAUUUUGAAGCCCAAUAAUUUCAUAUACAGUGUUGAAUGUAUGAAAAUAUUAAAAACUUAACUUUAGCCAUUAAGCUAAUAAUCUUUUUUACUGAAAAAUUGUAUGUAUUAAAUCUUAACAUUGCCACUUGUAGUGCAUUAGGGAUCUAUUUUAAUUAUUAUUUUACGAGAUUUGACUUUUUAGCUAAACCAGCCUCAUGCCAGUGAAAUAAUUGCAGUUAUGAAUGCAGAUUAUGCAGUAAUGAUUCAUAUUGUGGCCUUUGCAAUGUUUGUUUUAAAACUGGAGUGGAUAAUUUAGCCAAAAAAGAGAGCUCUGUUGGCGCACUCUCAUAGUUCAAAUAUAAAUUGUAUUGUGCAAUAGGUUACGUAUGUUUAUUAGUCAGCUCUUGUACAGCAAAUAAACCCAACUAAUACUGUUGCUUUCUGUAUAUGUUAUUCUGCUAUAUUCCAGAUUAAUGCAAGCCAUCAAGAACAUUACCUAUGUACUGUAACUUUCUCAUAGUUUUUGUCUUGACCUGAUUAAAUGACCGUGUUUUAAAA